CUGUUUUCGUCCUCACGCGAAGAACCGCUUAGAUACGUUUAAAAAUUGGUCAUGUGAUCGGUGCUGCUGGCUGCUUGGCAUCCACGAGUGCUCCCUCCCAGUUCAUUGGAAGAAAUGGCUAUCACGGAAGUGGAGCGUCGACGAGGUCAGCUUGCUGCUCUAUCCAUAGCAGCCGUUGUCAUCAUUGUGGGAGUCCCUUUGUGGUGGCGAACAACUGAGACAUACCGUGCCUGGUUACCUGUCAGUCAGAUCAAAGAUCUGGCUAAACUGCAGCUGCAUUUGAGCGCUGAUGUCGAGGUUGUGUUUGCACGUGGCACCGUGACGCCAGAACAGCAGAAAAAGGUCCCGUUGACGCAGACGCAGGAUGAGGAACAUACAGUGGAUGAGGACACAACAUUGAGGUACAGAUAUGAAACAAAGUACCGCACAGCUACAAUCAUGGAGGAAGAUGCCAUGAAAAAGCCGACUGCUGCAGAGGCAGAUCUGUCUCUGCACAUGCUCAGUGAGAGUCCGUGCGGUUCUUUAGUUGUGUAUGUGAUCCCGGAGUCCUCUUCUUUGCUGCCUGAGGAUGUGAAUGUGUAUAUCGGUCAGCGAAGGACAGCCCUGGUGCGUAUCAGCGCCCAGAUGAGAGUGGGCAAGACACUAGAGCAAUUGCUGGCUCAGUUGGAGCCCCAGAUCAAGCAGGUGCUCCAAGUGAUGUCUUUUAGCCACACUGACAUCACCGUUGCACUCAGCGACAGAGUCCGUUUUAGACCUGGCAACAAAGAGAGCAUUGCUGACAGCAUGAGAGCCUUCAAAUCUAGCCCAGGUUAUGAGAUCACAUUCAGUCUGCUAAACCCUGAUCCAAAGUCACACCAGCUGCACUGGGACAUUGAGGGUGCCGUGCAGACAUACAUCCAGCCUUUGCUUACAAAACUGUCCCCUCUGGCUAACUUUAGCAUGGACUCUCAGACCUUGUACUACACCAUGCUCGGAGUGACACCACGCUUUGACAGCAGCUUCGAGGCUUACACACUCAAUGCUGACAGCCUUGCACAUGUCAUCAACCCGGUGGAGGCUAGACUUGGCUCUAAUGCGGCAUCUUCUAACCCUGUGUUAAAUUUUCUGCUGUAUGUCCCGGAUAUUCGUCAUUCACCCCUUUACAUCCACGAUCACAGGAAACAGGAAGUCCCUUCCAAUGCGUUUCACUCUCCACGGUGGGGUGGAAUCAUGGUUUAUAACGUGAAUGGUUUCUAUGGGUCGGAGACGGAGUUCCCUGUUCACGUCAACAUUAACAUGGCUAAAGUGAUGGGAGUCUUCCUCGCCCAGCUUCGGUUGUUGCUGGGCGUGCAGUCAUUAAGCCCCCCACCUGGCUUCCUCGUGGCACCGUGUGGUAGCACAGGACUAGCUGACUGGGAGCUGGAUCGCCUCAUGUGGAGUCGUAGUGUGGAAAACAUUGCAACAGCAACCACCACCAUCACCUCUCUGGCGCAGUUGCUGGACCAGAUAGGCAACAUUGUUAUCAAUGACAACAUUGCACAGCAGGUGUCCAGUGCUGUCACGUCCCUGCAGCUGGCCAUGGCUGAGCUGGAGGUCGGAAACCUCGGCUUUGCUCUGCAGUACAGCAAAGAGGCCAUCUUGGCUUCGGAGAAAGCAUUCUUCGACCCUUCGCUCCUUCACCUGCUCUACUUUCCAGACGAUCAGAAGUUUGCUAUCUACAUACCACUCUUCUUGCCCAUGUGCGUGCCCAUUCUGCUCUCAAUGCUGAAAAUAGUGUCGGAGGCCAGGCAGAGACGCAGAGAAAAGCAAGCCAAAAAGGAAUAAGAGGCACUCAAGCAGGAGAAGAAGAACAAAGAAACUGUAUGAACAAACCAUUUCGUUAGUGGCCUGAAAAGGCUCAUGUGAACCAUUGUGGUUUGGGGUUUACAACUCCUAUUGUUUUGUACAAGGAUUUAUGCCUGAUGUACUGAGUGAUUGCAGCGACUGUUUGACACUGCAUGGCUGAAAGCUUCAGUUUAUUUAUUUUAUUUCUCAUGUUAUUAAGAAAUAAAAACUAAAGUUCCA